CUCCAUGGCCCUCUUCGGUUGCUCUCGAUUGCGCCUGCGACUGAAUUACUAUCUGCUCUACGCCGUCUGUCUGACCGGCGUGUUCUGUGUCGUUGCCGUCUGGUAUGCUGUCAAUUCGGAUCGCGACUACAUUCAUCCCCUCUUGACCCAAAUCAUCCCCGCCGGCCAUUGUGCAUGCCAAACCUCCACCACCUUCCAAUGCUCUAGCUGCCUCUCCUGUUCGCAGCCCACCUCUCUGCCGCAACCCCCCUCAGCCCUCGAGUGGGAAUUCCAAGUCGCUCGCGAUGGCAACAACGAAGCCCUGGACCGCAACCAGUGCCAGGCCGCCUUCCCCGGCCUGUUCGAGGACACCAACCGCGCCGUGACGUACUGGCGAUCGCACGGCGCACUGUCGACCGCCGAGUUGGACACCAUUCGACUGGAACUGGGCAUGGCACGGGCCUUCAUCCACCGCGGCGAAUUACAUGUCGUGGCCGCGCGUGCCAAAGCCGAGGAUCAUCGGCGCAAAAUCCUCGCCGUCCUGAGCUCCAUCCAUCGUGCGCUGGUCGCCGAUCCUAACCGAGCAGCGCACCCGGACAUCGAGUUUGUCUUCUCGGUCGAGGACAAGGUGGAAGACGUCACCGACUCGGAGAACCCCGUCUGGGUGCUGGCGCGAUCCGCCUCCGAGGAGGCCGUCUGGCUGAUGCCCGACUUCGGCUACUGGGCCUGGGAGAAUAUCCAGAACUCGAUCGGCCCGUUCGACCAGGUGGUGGAGCGCGUCAAGCGAGCCGACCUGUCGUGGCCGGACAAGAAACGCCAGCUGGUUUGGCGCGGGAAGCCCAGCUUUGCCCCCAAGCUGCGCCGCGCCCUGAUGGAGGCGGCGCGCGACCAGCCGUGGGGCGACGUCAAGCAGGUGGACUGGGACGACCGCACCAACAUCCUUCGCAUGGAGGAUCAUUGCCGCUAUAUGUUUAUCGCGCAUGUGGAAGGUACGUUAGGUUUUUGAUCCUGGGGCAUUUUCCCUCCCCACCUGGCUUCCGGAAAUACUGACCGUCAUCCUCGCACCGAUAGGUCGCUCAUAUUCCGGCUCUCUGAAAUACCGCCAAGCCUGCAACUCGGUGAUCGUGGCCCAUAAACUUCAAUACAUUCAGCACCACCACUACCUGCUCGUUCCCGAUGGCCCGAACCAGAACUACGUCGAGGUGGAGCGGGACUUCAGUGACCUGUCCGACAAGAUGAGCCCGCUGCUGAACGACUCCAGCCUGGCGCAGCGCAUCGCCGACAACAGCGUGCGCACCUUCCGGGACCGAUACCUGACCAAGGCGGCCGAGGCGUGCUACUGGCGG